GUCAUUUUGGCUCUCUUUAGACGACUAGAUCUCUCCAGUACUGCUAGCUGCUGGAAUAGAAAAACUCUCAAAAAAAUCGAAGUCAAAGCAGGAAUUAAGAACAUACCUCAUUACUUGGAACUUCUUCAGUUGCUGUUUCGCUUUUUUAGCAUGUUACCAGUCAUCUGGUCGUCAUUUGCAUAAUCCCGCAGAUAUAAUAACAGGGAUCGUGCCGUUAUAGAAAAGAACACGUUCUACAAGGAAACGUUUACAGAUGCAGGAAGGAAACGUCAGUGAAGUCAAAGUUAGAUGAGCAUGGUAAUUUUCCAUUAUAUUCCCAGCUGAUAAAGGCCACAGAAUUCAAGCCUUUACAAGACUAGAGCAUAGUAUUUAUGGAAUUACAGUAUCAGUCAACUAAUCGUGAUCCCAUUUCCUGGGCAUCGCUUAGGUUCCCCUCUCGAAGACCAAAUGGCACAACUCAACACUAUCGGGAGUGGCAAGGACAACGAAUAUCGGGUUUUUCCGAUCACAUGGAAGAUCCAACGUUUCACAAAUCGACAGCAGGAUUAACUGGAGACAACUCGCCUUUUUCCGAGUCAGAAGACUUCAGAACAUCGAGAUUCAAUCAUAUCAUAAUCCCUAAACCAAACAUGGCCUAUGCGCGAUAUCCUGGACAAGUUUCACUCAACCGGGAUACGCCAUAUUGGGACGCUCAACGAUCUUUAUCGCGACAAGAUGAGGAUGGGUUUACAGCUUCGUCUUCGUUUGUCAAUCAAGACUUAAACAAACUCAAUGGAGUGUCAUAUAAACCUGAGUUAUUGGUAAAUAAUUCUUAUAAACACUCUCGUAAUCUAAGGGACAGUGAGCCUUCUUCAUCUCGUAAGAUGUACAAAAGGUCAGCGGAUGCUGUUGAAAGAGAUGGGGAAAACGCCACUUCUGCCUUUAAAGUUUUCAAGCGAAAUGACAAUAAACGCCAGUUUAGUAGGAUUAAUGAGAGAAACAAGAACCUGCCUCCUCCUCCACCAUUAGUUAAAGCUAAUGAGAGAAUGAAAAUGAAUUCGAAACUAGAAACGAAGUCAAGAGAAAAUAUAAUUGUCAUUGGUGACUCGCCGCCACCCCAAGCACGAUCAGAAAAGUGUCAUUCAAAAUCCCGAAAAGAUCCCUUUAAACUUGAAACUAUUUCACGUGAAACACUGCAUCAUUCGAAGCCUAUAUCGUCCACUAGAGUACAUACUAUGGAAUACCAACAGCCAAUAGGCCCCCCGAAAACUUAUAGCCCACGUGAUGAAAGAGAAGCGUUGGAACUAACGCAACGUUGUCACUGUCAUCAUUAUGACAAUAUGCCUUACGUCUCAAAAGGAUUGCCUCGAUUUUCAAACGUAAGAAAUGACAGGGUUUGCAGUGCCAAAACAAUGCCAUUCGUGACUACCCAGAAUGCAACGAGGUCGCACUACGAACCACAUACGGGUAUUCAAUGUUAUUCUGAUCACCAUAGUAGUGUUACAUAUUCGCCUACCAGGAAAACAUCAGGAUUGCAUAAAAAUAACCAUUCAAGGAGUCACAUGAGUCCCUCACGUAAUGCUUCGUCUCCAACUUUUUGUGAUAGCCAUGAAGCAUUGCACGCUUGGAGAGUGAAAUCUCAGUUGACAGAGUCACCGUCUGACUCACAAAUAAACAAUGCUUUUGUUGCAGAUGUCCUAAGAAACGACUCUAAGGACGUGUCCUCGAACUUAUUAGAUUCUCGCUCUCCUUUCAAGCAGGAUAGUUCUGCUGUUAGAGAACAGAGACAGUCUAAAGACCAUCGCUUACAAACUACGGUUGUAAAAGAUAAGGUAGUACGUUCACAGAUGAAUGGUACGGAAAAUCUUGCAAUCCAAAACAAUCUAGAAUAUCCUUGCCAGAGAAGAGAGGAAUUAGCGUUCAGAUUCCUCAACCAGAAAAUGCCACAAUUAUCUAAAACGGAUCAAGCAAAACUUAGCAAACUUUUUGAGAUCCAUUGUCAAGCAAAGAAUUCACGACAUCAAUUCAUAAUUGCCCAACAGCCAUCACGAGCCUCAGAAAUUUAUGAUUACCACGAAGUUGAAAAACUAGCAGUAUCUCAAAGUCCUAAUGUUCAGUCUUCAUCAUCAGUCACCCAGAAAUCAAAGCAUGAACAGAAACAGGAAACAUUGCGUUCAUUGUUGCUGUCACCGAACUCUCAAGGAAAAGGUUGUCCCGUCUUGACAAAUACCACGAGAGACAAGGUCGUCAUGCGGUCGGGCUUAACAGAUUCGGCUUUGAUUUCACCUCGUAAAGGACAUCAAUUAUCACACUUACCAGUCUAUUCAAGUCCUGCGAAAGGUUGCUGUCUUUCUUUGUCAGGAAACAUGACUACACGAGGAAAGCCAGGGGUCAUGUCACAAGCGACUUUUUCAAGCAGCCUUCCUAAUGGCGAUCGCCUUUAUGGAAAAGCAUCGCAGGACAAGAAAAUCCUUGAGAUGACAUCAAAAUCAAACGCAUCUCGUAGUCCACCCAAUCUCGCUUCUUACAAAAAAUCACUGAAGGAAACGAAAAACCAAAAGGGAAUUUCAUCACAGCCAAUUGGUUCUACUGAUACCGAAAAAGCCCCGCUUGUCCAAAAGAAUCGUAUAGCAAUGUUUCAGUCACCACCACAGUCAAGAAGAUUGAGUUAUCCAUUGGAAAACAGUCGCUUAAAUGAGAAUCGCAGCCCAGAGAACUCGAGUGUAAGACUUCAACGAACAAAGAGCGAAGGUGACCACAAAAACCAUUGUGGAACUGAUGUCUCGUCUUUGCUUGACAACUUCAGGGAAGACGAAACCACCCAACAGCCAUGUGGAGGGUACGCUUUCGACCACGACUCCAUGCCAAUCAUUGUGGCUGUCCAUUCUAUUGUGGUGAAAGAUGACAAUCAAGAGGGAAUCGAGAUAGGUCGAGAAGAAAAAACCAAGGGAGCGAUAUUGAAGAAAAGCUCUGCGAUUACAUCAUCUCAUUGUGUUGUGGACCCUAUAUCGACAUCCAAGAAUGAGCCCACACGUUAUCAGAGACUUCUACCAAAGCCAGACACGAAGAGUGAGAAAACAAACCUUUCUGAAAAAAUGCACGUUUCUGGUGAUCAACUUGUGAGAGAGCAGAUGGCAUCAUUAUCUUCAUCGUCCUCAACCUCAUUAACAUCAUCAUCAUCGUCGUCAUCAUCAUCACUAUCAACAUCACAAUUAUCAUCAUCAUCAGUAUUACCAUUAUCAUCAUUACCAUCAGCAUCAUCAUCAUCCUCAACAACGAUAGCAUCAUCACCAUCAUCAUCAUCUGCAACCGCAGCAGAGAUUGGGCAACCAGUCAACAAAGUCUCCACCACAUCAAGUAUCCCAUCGCAUCGUGACRAUUAUAAACAAGUUUCACAGGCGUCAGACAGAGUAAGGAAAGACAUAUCCUCUAAUGAUCUCAACGUGAAACAUAAGGGUGACAAAGCAGUACUAGCAGAUGACACCUCGAACACAAUCAACGUUGACUCCACGACAAGCGUUCCUUCAGAGAUAAGUACGAAUGGUUCUUCGUCUUUGCCAAACAAAUCAGCCGAGGAGGUUGAAAACAAAGGCAAGAGUUCAAAAUCAAUCAUGAAUAAAUGUCUCAGCGUGCAAGAGCUAAGCAAAAAGAUUAUGGAAACCAGAGAGCGAAUUGUUAAAGAAAACAUCGAUUGGAAGAAAAAGCUACUUCGUCGAUUAGAGUUUGUUUUGAUAAAGAAACUUAAAAGAGCCGAGAGAGAAACUGGAAAUAAGGCUUCAAUAGACUUGCUGCCCGAGAAAAAAGUCAAGGGUAAAGAAGAGAAGAAGAAGGCAAAGAACUGCAAGAGAAAUAAGUCUUGCAGUGAUGAGACUAGUCCUAACGUAGAGCAAGAGGGAAAAGACGCGAAAGAAAAAUCCCAAGGAACAACGCAGAAAAGCUCUGAUAAAAUUAACGAAGCAAACAAUGCCAAUAAAGAAAAGAAAAUAUUUCACCCCAAAUACGAUAUAACAGAAUUAGACGAAAGCAAAGUGGAUGAAGAAUCGAAGUCCAAAACAAUAAGCAGAAAAGAAUCCGUAGAUUCUGUAAUAAUGAGCCAGGACGAGAUUCACGCAGACGUGAACGAGGAAAACUUUCCAAACAAGAAUGAAAUGUUAGUAGCCGCAACUGUUAAUGACGGGACUACUGACGAACAAUGCAAUGGCGGGUUCUUGCCAUCUCUGAGCCCUGCAAGGGAAGACGAAGGUUUUGCAGAUUAUUCUAGCUGCUCUGAUCUGGUCAUCGCUGAGUAAACAAUUGUAACUUGUAGAUAGCAAGUAAGACAGUAAAAGUGGCGUAGGUGGUAAAACGUUCUUUCCUUAAAUACAGAAAACCAUUUCCAAGGGGCUAAUUGAGUUUCUUCCGUCAACACAACGGAAAACAAUAUAAAAAGCAUCGUUUUU